CUUCUGUCUCAGGAGGCAGCAUCUCUCUCGGGGGCCUCAGCGGCAGAGGAAGUAGCCGACGUGGACGAUGUGGAAGAUGAAGAAGUUUACCAACUUGCAGCCACGCAAGUGGCUGUCGAGCUGGCAGAGGAAUCACAAGGUGGACAACUGGCAGGCGCAGGCAGCAGCGCAGGAAGAGGAGAACACCUCUUCUGCUGCCGUGGCUGAGCAGGUGAGAGCGGCAGGGGCAGAGAGCCAGGCAGCUGCCCCACAGAGCCCCAGAGGCUGCGGCCGCGCUGUGCUGGACACACUGCAGCGCGUGGCGCGCGCCACCCGGCGCAGGCUUGCGGUUGGGAUCCGGCGACGUGGCCAGAAGCCGGAGCCACAGAGGGAGGUAGAACCGGGUAUGGAGGUAGCGACAGCAGGAACAUCCACAGCAGCAGGGUCAGAGAGGCAGGACUCUGUCCUGCAAAGCCCCUGCUGUCCCCCCAGCCCCUUCCCAAGCCAUCCGGAAGCUCUCAGUGGGCAGUGGGCCGGGGCAGCAGCAGGGGCAGUGCUGCCAGUGGCAGAGAGCAAGGAGGGGGCCUGGUCUGAGGAGCUCUCAGACAUCUGCAGCCUCCUAGAGCUGCCCCAAGAAGAAUGCAGCGGAGACCAAAGCUGGAGGAGUAGAGAAAAGAGGCUCCCCGUGCCCAUGCCACGUGAGGCAUGGUCAGAGCCCUGGGACCUUCAAGCGCCCACACGGACAGCCUGUGCCCCAGUUCGCCCGUGCCUCACCAGCCCUUACAUCAGGCCACAGGCCCCGAGCCCGGACGCCUGCCCCCCCAGCCCCUCGCCAAGCCAGCUGUCAGUUCUCACUGGGCAGUGGGCAGGGCUCCCAGAGGUCUCCAGGGAGUCCCGAGGGGAAGAAAAUGCACACCAACCGCUGUCCCAGGAAGAAGACAGCCACAACAAGGAGCUGGCAGAGAAGAAAGGGGAAGUCGUCAAAAUCUACACCAUCUGGGUCAAGCCCUCCCUCAUACCGGUCCUGCUGGAGCCUCAGCCUGCUUGCCAGGAAGGACCCAAAUGUCCCUGCAUCAUCUGCGCAGGGGCAGCAGAAGAGGUAGUCAGGGACCUGCACAGCACAUCUCCUGCCCCGGCAGGUCCCAGGCACCACCAGCCAACAGCUGCUGCCCCGCAGCGCCCCAGAGGCUGCUGCCCCGCCGUGCUGGACGCGCUACAGCGCAUGGCACGUGUCACCCUGAGCGGGAUUGCAGCUGUGAUCCGGCGACGGGGCCAGCAGCCGGGGGAACAGCAACACCCAGCUCAAGGCCAGGACGCAGCCAUGCUGGCAACAGCCCCAGCAGCAGGGGCAGAGAGCCAGGCAGCUGCCCUGCACAGCCCCUACUGCCCCCCCAGCCCCUCGCCCAGCCAGCUGGAAGCUCGCAGUGGGCAGUGGGCAGGGGCAGCAGCGGAGACGGUCCUGCCCCUGCCACUGACUGAGGAGAGGGCCUGGUCAGAGGACGAGAGUCUCUGGGACAUCUCCAGCCUCUUAGAGCGGUGCCAGGGGCAAGAAAACACAGCCCAAAGCUGGAGUACCGGGGGAGCAAGUAGCUCUGUGUCCUUCCCAUCUGAGGCAUGGGCAGAGCCCUGGGACUCUUCAUCGGGCACAUCCACCUCCACCUCUACGGACUGAGCUGCUGGGGGCAGUCUGGGACCUGUCCUUACCACCUGCAGCUGCACUUGAAGGAUGAAGGCCUUUUUCCAAUGAGACAAAGCUCAAAGAAGAAAUCCCAGGAACAGCAGGCCGUCAGGGGGGCCACUUGCUGGGAGGACGACUUGCUGGCAUGGGACAGACCACGCACUGAGCAUUGGCAAGUCGAGCCCUCACCUACAGCUGUCUCAGCACAGCGGCCCUCUCUCUUCAGGGAGGCGCUCCGGGCUCUGCGCGGGGCAUUCCGCUGACCCUGCCUGGCGAGACGGGAUGGCGGCUCCCAGGGGGUGGCGGUGACCGCACCGACAUCCACCUGAUGACCGGUCACCAGUGGUGUCACCCAGGGCUCAGUUUUGGGGCCAGUCCUGCUGGUCUGUUGGUUUGGAUUACCCUUUUCCCGGUCAGCGAGGACUUCACCUGACUGCCACGAUUUUCCAAAACCAUGGAGAGUGGCCUAGCAACUUUGUCUGCCAGCUCCCUCAGGACCUGUGGAUGAACCUCAGCGGGUCCCUUGUGCACAUUCAGGUUCCCGACACGCUCUCGAACCUGAUC